AUGAGACCAUUAACAGAAGAAGAAACAAAAGUUGUUUUUGAAAAACUAGCAAACUACAUAGGUCGUAACAUCGCCUAUUUAGUUGAUAAUAAAGAAGAUCCACAUAUUUUCAGAUUACAAAAAGAUCGAGUUUAUUAUAUAUCAGAUAAAAUUGCUAAAUUUGCAACAUCAGUCUCUAGAGUUAACUUGAUGUCUGUAGGGAUUUGUAUGGGGAAAUUCACCAAAACUGGGAAAUUUAAAUUACAUGUCACAUCAUUAUCCAUAUUAUCCAAGUAUGCAAAGUAUAAAAUUUGGAUUAAACAAAAUGGUGAAAUGCCAUUUUUAUAUGGUAAUCAUGUCCUUAAAGCACAUAUUGGUAGAAUGUCUGAUGAUAUUCCGGAACAUGCUGGUGUUAUUGUUUAUUCAAUGAGUGAUGUUCCUUUAGGGUUUGGUGUUAGUGCUAAGUCAACUGGUGAAGCUAGAAAUUUACAACCUACUGCUAUUACUGCAUUUAGACAAAGUGAUAUUGGUGAAUAUUUAAGAGAAGAAGAUACAUUGUUUACAUAA